AUGUUUGGAUUAUUUGGAAAAAAUGUUUCCGAGGUGAAUCAUUACAAACGUUUGUACGAAGAGUUGUAUCGAUUAGGUUCGGGAGCUUUUGGGGAAAUGAUGACAAUUUACGGGAAUUGGGAUGAAGACAAUGUAUAUUACAUUCAAAUGGAGUUGUGUUCCAACAGUCUGAAGAAUAUUCUUCAACACAAACCACAA